UACAACACUCACAAUCUUUCUAGAGCUUCCAUCCCUUAAACACAUCUUUCACUAAUUCCCUUCAAAUGGCUCGUACCAAACAAACCGCCAGGAAGUCCACCGGAGGAAAGGCUCCGAGGAAGCAAUUGGCAACGAAGGCCGCAAGGAAGUCUGCUCCGGCAACCGGAGGAGUGAAGAAGCCACAUAGGUUCAGGCCAGGAACUGUUGCUCUGAGGGAAAUCAGAAAGUACCAGAAGAGCACCGAAUUGUUGAUCAGGAAACUUCCAUUUCAGAGGCUAGUGAGGGAAAUUGCUCAGGAUUUCAAAACCGAUCUGCGUUUUCAGAGCUCCGCCGUGGCUGCUCUUCAGGAGGCCGCCGAGGCUUAUUUGGUUGGACUUUUUGAAGACACCAAUCUCUGUGCGAUUCAUGCCAAGAGAGUCACCAUCAUGCCUAAGGAUAUCCAGCUCGCUCGCAGGAUUCGUGGUGAAAGAGCUUAGAAUUAGGGUUUCGUUUUGAUGAACACAUUGUACGGUUACCCUAUUGCUAUAAUCAGGUAGAGUUUUUGUACUCAUUUCAAGUAAAUCGGGUAAGUUUUAGGGUUUAUAUUGUCAAUCCAUGGUACUCCAUUAUAUGAACAAAUGAUCUUCUUUUAAUUUGAUACCUGGAUCUUUGC